GCGGCUGCGACGCCGCAGUGCGCUGCUGGAGGACGGCGUCUUGCAGGCCGGGCCCUCCGCGCAGCGCUCCCGGGGCAGGGGCUCAGGUUCCAUCACCACGCAGCCCCCAGACUCACAGGGGACUCCCGGAGAAGAGUGACACCACACACCCCUUGUUGCUGAGCUACCCAGAGUCGGUCACCUAUCCCCAACCUGCGCAAGUCGAAAAUGGGCAGAAAGAACCCAGGAUUUUCCAGAAUGAAAUCCGCGGCAGCGAGCCGCCCCCCGGAGUACGCAGCGCCAGGGGUGAACCGAACGUGCUCUGCGACGCCACUUCCCCCAUGACGUGCCUGGGCGCCCAUCUCCUCGCUUACCCUCCACGCAGUAAAGCAGGUCAUCUUGUCACAGGAAACCCCCGGCAAGGGGAGCAGUGAUUGCGGUUCCCCCCGCCCCCCAUCCUGGGGCUCGAACCCACGGCCUCACUAAUGCUAGGGAAGGGCUUUACCACCGAGCUACACCCCCAGCUCAGGGAUGGUCUAUCCUACUACGAUCGAGAAGUGUCACCGUGUAACUGUCCUCGUGCUAAAGGGCUGCUCACCAGGCGUUGCUCGCCCAGGAGGGGCUGCUAGCAGAAAGAGCCUGAAGGCCGGCGGAUCCGAUCGGUCACCGGCGGCUUGCAGCCUGCGGCCUGAAGGACUCAGGGCUUCCCCAUGAUUCCCCACUGUGACCAUCGCUCGCCGCAGGAUCGUGGGGGAAGGCACACUAGCGGCCCCGCCCGUGCGCUCCUUCCCAUCCCUCUCUGCCCGGUCUGGAGCACUGCGAGACUUGCCUUAUUCCCUGGUGGCUCUGGUGAGGCCAGGCCGCCUACCCCCCGCCCCGCCCUCUGUCCUGUCGCAGCCCGGCUGCCGCGCCUGGGGUGCAGGCUCUCGCCCGCCCUCCCGCCGGACGCCACCAGCGCGGCAGGUGUGGCCCAGAGGCAGCGCGCGGCAGACACGAACCUGUGGAUCCAAGUAGUACCUGUUGCAGCUGGGAAGUCAUUGCAGGAUCUUGGUCCAGUGUUUGGCAACAGUUUGAUCUGAAGAUGGCAGUUUGGGUGAUUUGGAGCAGCCUCAGCCUGCUGCGACUGCUAUGGUGUCUUCUUCCGCAGACGGGCUACGUGCACCCGGAUGAGUUCUUCCAGUCACCAGAAGUCAUGGCAGAGGACAUCCUGGGCGUGCAGGCUUCACGGCCCUGGGAGUUUUACCCCAGCAGCUCCUGCCGCACGGUGGUCUUCCCACUGCUGACCUCUGGCUCUGCCUUCUGGUUGCUCAGGCUCUGGGAAGAGUUGGGACUGUGGCCUGGCCUGAUGAGUGGCUAUGUGCUGCUGGUAGGGCCCCGACUCCUCCUCACCACCCUCUCCUUUGCCCUGGAUGGGGCUGUGUACCACCUGGCCCCGCAGUGGGGGGCAGAUCGCUGGAACGCCCUGGCCCUGCUGUCUGGUUCCUACGUCACCCUGGUUUUCUACACAAGGACCUUCUCCAACACCAUCGAGGGACUGCUCUUCACAUUGCUGCUGGUGCUGGUGUCCCCUCAUGUGGCAUGGAGCCCCACAUCCAAGAAGCCUACCUCAUGUCCAUGGUGGUACAACUGGCUUCUUGGGGCCAUCGUGGCUGCUGGCUUCUUCAACCGGCCCACCUUUCUGGCCUUUGCUCUGAUCCCCCUCUUCGUCUGGGGCACUUGUGGAGUCAAGGACCCUGGCUUCAAGUCCCUGAUCUGGGAAGCUCUGGUGCUGCUCCCUGGGGCAGCACUCACUACAGUAGUAUUUGUGGCCAUGGACAGCUGGUACUAUUCCAGCAUCUCAAGAUCCAGUAGCCUUGUCCUUACACCUGUCAACUUUUUACAGUACAACCUGGAUCCCCAAAACCUUGCAAGGCACGGCACACAUGUGCGACUCACUCACCUAGUAGUCAAUGGCUUCCUGCUCUUUGGGGUGCUACAUGCCCAGGCACUACAGGCUGCUUGGCAACAGUUGCAAGUCAGCCUCCAGGUGUUCGCACAAAUGGGCCUCCAGAGGGCCCUACGGGCCCAGAGCCUGCUGUCCAGUCCCAGGUCUUACCUCCUUCUCCUCUACUUCACGCCCCUGGCCCUGCUGUCUGCUUUUAGCCACCAGGAGGCUCGAUUCCUGAUUCCCCUCCUGGUCCCCCUAGUCCUGCUUUGUAGUCCACAAACCCAACCUGUGCCUUGGAAGGGGACCCUGGUCCUCUUUAAUGCCCUAGGUGCCCUCUUCUUUGGCUGCCUGCAUCAGGGAGGCCUGGUACCUGGCUUAAAAUACCUGGAACAGGUGGUCCAUGCACCUGUGCUCCCAGGCAUGCCAACCCACUACACACUCCUUUUUACUCAUACCUACAUGCCCCCCCAGCACCUCCUCCACCUCCCAGGCCUGGAGUCAUCUGUAGAGGUGGUGGACAUGGGUGGAAAUGAGGACUGGGUACUUUGCCAAGCACUUAACAACCUUACCAGACAACCAGCUUGCCAUGUGGCUGGUGGGCCAUGGCUCUGCCGCCUCUUUGUGGUGACCCCUGGGACGACCAGGCAUACCGUGGAGAAAUGCAGCUUUCCCCUCAAGAAUGAGACACUCAUGUUUCCCCACCUGACCCUGGAGGACCCACCAGUCCUGUCCUCUCUGCUGAGUGGGGCUUGGAAGGACCACCUUAGUCUUCACAUCAUGGAACUGGAGCAGCCACUGCCCAAGAUUCAGCUAUAGAAUCUAUGCUACUCCACCUUGUAUGAAGGCAGCUGGGCUGUGACAUUGCCAUAGGGCCCUGGUCCUCCUUCAGGAUCCCCACUGCUGCCUCUUCUGGGCUCAGCCAUUGGUUGUUCUGCCCUCUGGGUAAGCCCAUUCCCUUUUCCUUCAGACACCAAAGAUCUGACCAGUCAUGGUUCUGCUGCCAAGGUCCCAAUAAUCCUGGUAUAAUCAAUGGCACCUAAUGUCUGUUCCUGCCCUAUGCCUUCCAGCCACUGUAAUGUUUUAAAUAUACAAUAGUACCUGAUUGUGAAAAGACAAUGCACUGCUAAUCAUGUUCCUGAAUGACCUUUCCCAAACUUGCCACAAAGCUUUACCUCUUUGGUCUCCUAAGGACUGGCAUGUUGAGGCCUUGCAGACACAUGAGAGAUUAUGGUGAAGGAGAGAAUAAGUGGCUCAGAUUCAGGGAUCCAAGUUCUAGUUCCUGGUCUGCUACUCAGUGACUUUUGAGAAGGCCCCUUCUAUUCAUCCAGCCAUCUUCCAAUCUGUACAGAUAAGAGAAUCCCUGAGAUGUCUGUCAGAUAAUAUCAUUCUUGGAACCCACAGCACAUGUCCCCUGGAUCAACAGGCAUGUUUCUCACAAAGCUCUUUGAACAUGGAAUGGUAUUGUAUUUAAUGGCA